UAAGUUUUUCUACUAUAUCAAGUCUACGUAGACGAACCCAUCAAUUUUCAGUGCAAUGAUUGUCCGCCGUCGGUGCAACGAUGUGAUGAACAUUGAACGAUUGAAACGAUAUCAACAUACAUCCUAAUGCCAUGCUAGUCAUCGGAUGCUCCUCACACUGCCACACCCGUAGCAGAGGAUGUUUUCACCGAUUGUCAAGCCUUUCUCAUCUGUUUUUCAGAAAGGUGUGUUGCAAUUCCGCGUUUCAGCCAUUUCAAUCAAUGCUUUUUUAUCCGUCAAAAAAGUCAUUUGUGGGCCAUUGUUAUUAUAAUUUCUCCAACAAUAUAUUACCAGGAAAUUUCUCUACAGACUUACUUUCAAGCUUUCUGUCUAGCUAUUCUAUUCUAAUGCUACUGUGAUCCCUUUCCUCUUAAAUAAAUCUGUAGUGACGCUACCCUUUUCUAUUGUAUGCCACUAACCCUAUCCUUCCUCUCCAAUCUCCAUGGCUUCACUCAUGCCACCACCACCACCACCACCACAACCACCAUUAUAUGAUCUGGAGAUGCGAAUUGAUGUUAGUUCAUUCACUGAUUCACCACCAUUGUCACUUCAAUCCUUGGGAAAGAAUUUGGAGGCUCUCAAGAAUCAGAAAAGGAAAGCUAGUGCAUUGGAGAAUUUGGAAUUGGGGAAGACACUGCUGGGAUUAGCUUUCCCAGCUGCUACAGGGCUUGUAGGUCUGAUAUCUCAGGGUACAACAAACCAGCAUCUGCUUCUGCUGCAAUUAUUGACUACUGGGUUUGCAAUUUCGUUUGGGGUUUCAUUCAUGGCGGUUCUGUUGCGACAGAGCUACCCAAGGAUUGCGAAUGCAGACAAGGGAGUCUCAUCAGUUGAUGCAUGCUUGGCUUUAAUACCUCAUUUCAUAGAGGAGAGUAGAGAGACACACAAAUAGAGACGCCACGCUCUUGGGCUGAGAACAAUUUUAUCCCAUGACUAGAAAAAUUGAAGGCAACUGCUUGCGUACCUUGCCUGAGGAAGCUUAUGAAGCAAGCCUCUGACAUUCGAAGCUUGGCCAGCAUUCUGGUGGGCAAAGAUGUAUACUGCCCCUCUAAAAGAUCGAAUGAGGACACCGAGAAGUCAAGAUUCCAGCUGAGAUGAAGAACAUCAAACAUUAAUUCUAAGGAUUGAAGACAUUGUCCAAGAGAAAGAUGGAGUCAGAUGGUUUUAUGGGUUCGACUCUCUCGUCUUCACCUUGUGCCAUAAGGCACCUCUCCCUGCCCCCCUUCCUUCAACUUCUUCUCUUGUAAGUGUUUUUAGUUGAUUAUAAAAUAAGGGAAAAGUUUUCCCUAGUCUAAUAAGGCAUACUAUGCCUCCUUGUUUGUAUUAUUAUAUUAGUUUUUUUAUUAAGUGAAAAAUGAUAAUUAAAAAAAUAAAUAUGAGACCUAAACUAUGCAUGUCUUUCCAUCAAUUCUGAUCACUUUUUGACCAA